CGCUCGUCCGCCCGUCUCUCGGCUUUCUUCCCCCUUCCUGCUGCCUCUGCCCUCUGUCGCCUCGGCCAUGCUGUCGCUUUCCAAGCUCGCUCCUGUUUCGCUCCUGCUCGCCGCCCUGUCCUCGGCCUCGGUCUCCGCCCAGACCUGCACCGACGGAUACUCGUGCGAUGCCUCGGGCGUCUCGCCCAACAUCAAGUGGUGCGCCGGCGGCACGGUCUACAACUUUGUCUGCUCUGCCGGCACGGUCUGCGUCCAAAACGGAUCGUCGGUCUAUUGCGGAUUCCCCUCCGUCCAGACAACUGCUGCUUCGCCCAAGGUUACCACCACUUCCACCACGACUACCGCCCGACCCACCACCACCUCUACCCCUGUCAAGACCACCACCACUACAAAGCCCACCACCACCACUACUACUACCACUACUACUACCACCACCCCUGCCAGAACCACCACAACCACCACUACCUCGACUCCGUCGGCCUCGCCCAACCCCAAUCCCGGCAACUACACCCCUGUCGAUGUCCGCGGCCGCAUGGGCAAGCUCAACAUUGGCUACUGGGGCGCCAACGGCCAGUACGGCGAAAAGACUCUUCGCGACACCUGCGAUGAGAACAACUACGACGUCAUCAUGAUGGCCUUCCUUGAUGUGUACGGCCACGGCCAGGUUCCCCAGAUCCACAUCGACCACCCCAUCAGCUCCACUGCCGCUGACAUCAAGUACUGCCAGUCCAAGAACAUUGCCGUCAUCCUCUCGGCCGGCGGCGCCAAUGCCGGCGCUUCCAGUCUCGGCUCUGCUGCCGAUGCCUCCGACUUUGCCAACCGAUUGUGGAACACCUUCUUUGGCGGCAACGUCAACGACCCCUCCCGCCCCUUCGGCACCGCCGUCCUCGACGGCUUCGAUCUCGACAUUGAGAACAACGCCCCGGCCAACUACGACGUCUUUGCCAAUGCCUUCCGUGCCGCCGGCGCCACAAAGGGCAAAUACUACCUCACCGCUGCUCCGCAGUGCUUCUACCCCGACAGCUCCGUUGGCCCUGCCCUCUCCAAUGCCGGCAGCCAGUUCGACUGGGUGGCCCCUCAGUUCUACCAGAACUGGUGUAGCGCUGACAACUACAAGUCUGGCGAUAUCUCUGAUAUCAACGCCCGCUUCAACUAUGCCCAGUGGGACCAAUUUGCCUCCCAGCAGGGCUUCAAGGUCGCCCUCGGCCUGCCUGCCUCGACGGUUGCUGGAUCUGGCUAUGUCGCCCCCGCUGGAGUGGCCAACAUUGUCAAGGAGAUCCGUGCCAAUGCUGGGGCCUCCUCUCGCUUCGCCGGCAUCAUGUUCUGGUCAACAGCCCAUGCCGACAACAACGGCAACUUUGGCGCCGCAACCAAGGCCAUCCUGCAGGCUUAAUCUUCUUGGCUCCGACUGGCUGUGGGUCGUAUCUGCGAUUCGUACCCUGCCUUCAUCGCCCUGGCGCCGCCUGCUAUAUCUCUCUCUAAACGAACCUCAGAAAAUAUGCACAACUAGCUUACCUUAAUAUAUAUUCCAAUAAAAAACGAGACACCCGUGUUUUUGACG